AUACUAAUAUACAAGGAGCUGGUUGAAGCUUGACUCGCAGGCCUGGCCUUGAACACGAAGAUAUGUUGCGCACAAAUUGACAAAGCUCUGCACCAGAACCUCUCGCAAUUGACGCGAUGGGCAAAGGCGGUGAUAGCACCGAUGACAACCAUGCGGGUCCUAGCACUAGUGGGGGCAGCGACUUGCUGCAGUUGCCCCGCUUCCAGCCCUUCCUAGACAACAAUUUCAACGUAGCAGAGUUCACCUCUAAGGUUCUUGGUGGCUCGCAUACAACAGCGUCAGCUCAAUCGGAGCAGCUGCGCGAUGGAGUGCACCAGUUGGAGUCCGCGCUGUCCGACGAGGUGGUCGCGCGGAACAAGGAGCUCCUGCAUCACGUCCGGCGUAUGCUGGACGCAGAAAACUCGGUCCGGGAUGUGGUGCUUUCAGUGGAGUCCUUACAGAGCGCUGUUCGGCGCAUCCGCGCUGAGGUGGUGGGGCCCUAUGAGCAGAUCAAACACAAGACGCAGCAGCUGCGCAACAUCCACGCCACCGUGGACAUCCUACGGCACGUUAUCCACCGCCUGAAGCUUGCACAGAAGUUGCGGGCUCAGCUCGCGGUGCCAGCAGCGCAGCUGGACCUUGCGAAGGCAGCCAAGCUCAUAACGGACAUUCGGCACGUGGACGCCGAGGUGGACCUCUCCGCCAUCGAGGCUGUGGCCGCAGAUGCGGAGUUUCUGGAGUCGGCCCGCAAGUCCGUGCAGGAGCAGGCGGAGGCCGCGCUGGUGGAGGGCGUGGAGUCUCUGAGCCAGGCCAAGGUGGGCUCGGCGCUGCAGGUCAUAUUCAACCUGGAGGAGCUGCAGCAGGCGGUGAACGGGCUGCUGUCGCGGCACCUGCACGACAUCGAGAAGGCGCUGCGCAACGCGCUGGACAGCCGACACCUGGCGGCACAGGCGGCCGCGCCGGGGGCAGCCGCGCCGGGGGCGGCGGCGGGCGGGCGGCCAGGCCAGGCGGCGCCGGGCGCGCAGGACCGCAUGUGGCAGGCCCUGCGCGACGUGCUGGAGCAGAUCAGCUCCAGCACUGUGGCGGUGUGGCACCUGCAGCGCGUGGUGGCCAAGAAGCGCGACCCGCUGUCGCACGUGUGCUUCCUGGACGUGCUGGUGGGACCGGGCGAGCCGCUGCUGGUGGCGCGCUUCUGGUCUGACGUGGUGCGCGCCACCACGGACGCCUUCGCCAGUGUGGCCAAGCCGGGCAAGGGCGGCUUCGUGCGCGACACGCUCACGGCCGCCUACACGCGCCUGGCGGGCCUCAUUGAGACCAUGUUUGAGCGCCUGACCGCCGAGACCACCAUCAAGGGCGUGCUGCCGGCUGUGGGCCCGGCGCAGCUGCAGCAGCUACUGGCCGCCACCAGCCCCUUCCAGACCGCCUACAUGGCUGGGUGCCUGUCGCGGCUCACUGACGCCGUGGCCGCCGCCUUCCCCGGCAGCAGCCGCCAGCUGCCGUCCGCGACAGAGGUGCAGAAGUGCAUCGGGCUGAUGCACGAGGAGCUCAAGGUGGGCGCCUCGUCGCCGCAGCUGGCCGCCAUGAUGGCCGCCACGGCCGCCAAGGCGCUGGCGCUGCUGGCCGAGCGCGCCGAGUACUCGGCCGCCUCCGGGCCCGAGCUGCGCCAGCUGGCGCCGGGAGGCGGCGCCGCAGCCUACGGCCCCGUGUCGCCAAACGCCUCCCAGCUGCGCAACAUCGCGCUGUGCUCGCAGCUGCAGGAGACGCACCGCUCGCUGUCGACGCUGCUGGCGCGGCUGCCGCCGACGGCGGCGCCGGCGCUGGGCGGCGCGCUGGGCGCGGUCCAGGCGGCGGCGGUGGACUGCGUGGCGCCAAUCUUCCGGGCGGUGGUGGAGGCGUGCGAGGAGCGGCUGCUGCGCAUGCACGAGUGGCCCGGGUACGGCGGCGCGGGCGACAGCGGCGACGUGACGUCCACCUCGCCGCACGUGGCGGAGGCGGCGGCCCUGCUUGGAGACUUCAGGUCGGAGUUCCUGUCGCGCUUCGUGCCGCCGCCCUCGCCAAGCAUGCCCAGCUGUGUGGGCAGCCUGGUGGAGCGCAUGGCGUGCCGCCUGCUGGUGUUCUUCGUCCGGCACGCGGCGCUGCUGCGGCCGCUGUCGCAGGCCGGCAAGCUGCUGGUUGCCAAGGACCUGGCGGAGCUGCAGGCGGCAGUGGGGCAGCAGCUGCACCCGCUGGAGCAGCUGGGGCAGCCGUACCGCGCCGUCAAGGCCUUCCGCGCGCUGCUGUUCACGCCCGCGUCCGGCAUCGCCGCCAACCCACUGCUGGGCGAGCUGCCGCCCGCGGUCACGCUGCACCACCUGUUCUCCAGGCUCCCCGCCAACGUGCAGGCGCCGCACCAGCGCUCCGGCCUGACGCCGCUGCAGUACUCGCUGUGGCUGGACUCCCACACCAGCGAGGAGUGCCUGCGCUCCAUCGGCGCCGCGCUGGCGGCCGCGCCCUCCGCCGCCGCGGUGUCCACGGCGGCGGGCGAGGACGGCGCUGAGGCGGCGGAGGCGCUGGCGGUGAUGAAGCGCAUGUGUGCAGCCGUGGACGCGGCGUGACGAUGACCAGCAGACGGGUGGCUGUGUGGCGGGGCUAGAGCCUAGAGGUGACGAAGUGCGUGUACGUGGGUGCGGAAUUUGGUUUGGUGGAGGCAGGGAAGGGGAGCGGUAGGCAGUGGAAGAUGCGGGUGCAAUCUUAUGCGAUAGCAUCGUGGCCCCCAUGCCUCUGCCCUGGACCUUCGAAUUAGCCCUUCUCCCUUCAGAGCUCAUGUAGACCAGACGCUUCGCGUCCUUGGCCCUUGGAGCGUUCAUACCUUACUGAAAGAUGAUAAGACUGUGCCUCGUGCCUUCAGGUGGGGAGCUAGGGCACGUAAGCUUGGUUAGCCGCACGAUUAUGUGCACAUGGGUGCGGUGCGCUGACCCAAACGGGCAACGGCUGUUGUUACAGUGCCCUCCACGUGCGACAAGCCCUUGUAACUUCCGUCU